UUUUUGAAGAGCCGGAAGAUCCAAGCAACAGAUCGUUUUUCUCUGAAAUUAUCUCUUCGAUUUCGGAUGUGAAGUUCAGUCACAGUGGGAGGUAUAUCAUGACCAGGGACUAUCUGACCGUUAAAGUCUGGGAUCUCAACAUGGAAAACCGCCCCAUCGAGACUUACCAGCCACAUUCACCUUCUUGGUAUAGAUGUGCUAAAUUCAUCUCGUUUUGCUUUUGUUCUGCAGUUUUUGAAGAGCCGGAAGAUCCAAGCAACAGAUCGUUUUUCUCUGAAAUUAUCUCUUCGAUUUCGGAUGUGAAGUUCAGUCACAGUGGGAGGUAUAUCAUGACCAGGGACUAUCUGACCGUUAAAGUCUGGGAUCUCAACAUGGAAAACCGCCCCAUCGAGACUUACCAGGUUCAUGACUACCUCCGCAGCAAGCUGUGCUCUCUCUAUGAAAAUGAUUGCAUUUUUGAUAAAUUUGAAUGUGUGUGGAAUGGGUCAGACAGUGUCAUCAUGACGGGCUCCUACAACAACUUCUUCAGGAUGUUUGACCGAAACACCAAACGUGAUGUGACCCUUGAGGCCUCAAGGGAAAACAGCAAACCUCGGGCUAUCCUCAAACCCCGAAAAGUGUGCGUGGGGGGCAAGAGGAGAAAAGACGAGAUCAGUGUCGACAGUCUGGACUUUAGCAAAAAGAUCUUGCAUACAGCUUGGCAUCCUUCAGAAAAUAUUAUAGCAGUGGCGGCUACAAAUAACCUAUAUAUAUUCCAGGACAAGGUUAACUAGGAGGACAAGUUAUUACUUAAUAAUCUCACAUACUGAAUACUAGUCAAACGAGUUUUUAAUGUUUCUUUGGGUCUUCAUUCGAUGAUACAUUUGAUUUUAAUUUCCCUAUGCAGAAAACAAUUGGAAUAGAAUAAAAAGGAGUCCAACUUUCCCAGCUCCCCAGUUCUGAGAAACCAUUGUCAAACCCAACAGGUUUGGGACACUUCUGUUUAGAACUGAAAGCUGCCAGCUAACAGUAAUUCUUCCAUAGUUGACUGGAAUUUCUGAUGCUUUUAUUGCCCAGUUUUCUCUGGUGGGUCCAGUGUUUUGUUUCUAGGUGUCUGCUGCGAUAAAAUGAGGUUGUCUGUAGUAUUUAAGGAGAAGAGAGGUUUUUUUUUAAAUUAAGCAAUUCCAUUUGAUUGAAAAUCAACAAAAAAUAAACACCGUUUACUCUUAGACAAAUCCUCCUUGUUUUGCGAAACAUCAGAACUUGUCAGUAUCUCCUGCCCAUCCUUCACCUUUUUUUUUUAAUUCCCAUUUUCCACUUUCUUUUUAACAAUUUCAUUUGAGCCAGAAAUAUCUUUCCCCAGGCUGAGAAGAGGACACAGAAUGAAAGGGAGGCGAGCGUCAAUACUGCUGGACUCUUUUUGUAAGGGCCAUAGAAACAGCCUGAGAAUUUGGCUAGGAAAUGCCAUGAAUGCUUCAGGGGACAUAAAGAGAACACUUUCUGCACAGUCUUCUCAGAGUUUGUUAGCCUGGCAAGGCUUUGUGGGGCCAGAUUCCAUCUGCUGCUUCGUUACUCUUGCUUUUUGUCCUUUUAAAUGGCUCCCUAUAACCCUCUACUUAAGUGUUCGAUAGCUUUUUCUCUUCAACCUUUUCUAGCUUAUUUAUUAAAGGCUGAGUCCUGGUUGCUUAUUAUCCGAUGUCCUAAAUGAAGCAGUAAGUUGAACACAGGGGCACCACCCCUGGCUCCCUGAGAAAGGCUGGUCUGUUCUUUCGGGGUGUGUCUUCUGAGCAGCCCCCUCUCCUCCUCUUGGUCCUGGUAACCAAAAGUAAUAAUCCAUCAAUCUCCAUUGUACCUAGAACAAAAAUGGCCAAUAAAAGUGCUGAUUUGUAAAGUCUAA